CAUGCCCAUCUCAAUGGAUAAACCCAGGAUUGACGCGUGGGAAAAAACCCACCUUUGCUGACACUAAAACUUUGAGAAAAACCCACCUCACUCGUGCCAUAACCUUACUCUUGAUGAGUAUCCAUGGCUUCUUCUGUGCUAUCCUCAGCUGCCACUUCUCUCCAACAACAGAAUCAUAAACCCACCACCACUUUCUUCUCUCCCACGAGAUUCACCUCCCACAACCAACUCUGCUCCUUCACUACCUGUUUCAAGAGAAACCCAGUGAAGUGCAAUGCAUCUCUCGAUAACAUAUCAGAAAAUCUCUUCAAGAACACUCUUGAACUGGACCAAUCACUGUCUCUAUUCCCCGUUUUCCGAUCCGGGUAUGAGCAGUUUCAGAGUGCUACGGCUGAAUUACCAGAGAUGGAGAAGUGGGGGAUUCUGGUUUUUGCAGGGUUUACUUGGCUUUACUUGACUGCUAGGCCAGGUGUUCUGAUUGGUGCCAUUGAUACAUAUUUUCUUGCUCCUCUGCAAUUUGGUUUUGACAGUUUGACGGGGAGGAGGAGCUUGAAGAUGUCUGAUUUUCUGGUUGGGAAUAGAUUGGGAGAGGGCACAUUUGGUGUUGUUUAUUCUGGUGUGAUUGUGCCGAAGAAUAUGAAUGCAGAAGAGAGAGUACAGAAGAAUGGUCGACGAAAUGCCUCAAUGAUGGAUGGGCAGUUCAAGCAGAAGGUUAUUCUCAAAAAGGUGAAGAUUGGAGUUCAAGGUGCUGAAGAGUGUGGUGAUUUUGAGGAGUGGUUCAAUUAUAGGCUGUCAAGAGCUGCUCCUGAAACAUGUGCCAAGUUCCUCGGAAGUUUUAUUGCCGACAAAACAAAUUCACAGUUUACAAAGGGUGGUAAAUGGCUUGUCUGGAAAUUUGAGGGUGAUCUAGACCUUGCUGACUACAUGAAAGAUCGCAACUUCCCUUUAAACUUGGAGUCGGUCAUGUUUGGGCGUGUUUUGCAAGGCAUGGACUCUAUUGAACGAAAUGCAUUAAUUAUCAAGCAAAUUAUGCGUCAGAUUGUUACUUCACUCAAGAAAAUCCACGACAAUGGGAUUGUUCACCGGGACAUAAAGCCAGCCAACUUAGUGGUAACAAAGAAGGGACGGAUUAAGCUCAUAGAUUUCGGGGCAGCCGCAGACCUCCGUAUUGGCAAAAACUUUGUACCCAAACUUGGCCUUCUUGACCCUGAUUAUUGUCCCCCUGAAUUGUAUGUACUCCCCGAGGAAACACCUAAGCCGCCACCUGAGCCAAUCGCUGCCUUUCUUUCUCCAAUUCUAUGGCAGCUGAACAGUCCUGAUCUGUUUGAUAUGUAUUCUGCUGGGAUUGUGCUCCUGCAAAUGGCAAUACCUACAUUGAGAUCCACUUCAGGGUUAAAGAAUUUCAAUUUAGAAAUAAAGACAGUUGGAUAUGACUUGAACAAAUGGAGAGAGAGAACUCGGUCAAGGCCUGACUUAAGUAUUCUUGACCUUGAUUCGGGCAGGGGGUGGGAUUUGGUCACAAAGCUUAUUUCAGAGAGAGGUUUCCUGCGAAGGGGCCGCUUAUCAGCUGCAGCCGCUUUGAGGCAUCCGUAUUUCUUCUUGGGCAGUGACCAAGCAGCCUCAGUUAUCUCAAAGCUUAGCUUAACCAAGUAAUGAGGUGCUUGGUAAUAUACCUGAAACUUUUAUGCAAAAUCCUAACUGGUGAAGGAAACAAACCUGCAGUUUAUUCCCAGAAGGAUCUGAGACACACCGCGGUUCAUUCAUUAGUUCCCAGGCGAAAAUUGUCGGAUCAUCCUUGUAAGUAAUGUUGCGGAUUGUAUUCACUCUAUUCAACACUAUCUACAAGUCAAAAUAUUGGGAGGGAGAGAGGGAGCAAAAUUAGGCUUCACACUGAAAACACAAAGGUGACCUCACUAUUGCAAAGUUGUUCACUGAACAUGUCUAUGACAAGCUUAAAUUUCAAGGCAAUUUAUUUGACAUUAAAAACUGAAGGAUGGUUAUAAAAGCAGCGACUGUGCUAUGAACACACAAAAUUCAAAGAACCUUUGUUUUAGAUAUGUAUCUCAUUCUAUGAAA